AUCAAACACUUCAUCUCUCCCUUUUCAUCCAACGCCUCUUAUUCCUUCUUAGUCACCACUUUUAAUCUCAACCCUCCAAUUUCACCCCCAUUUCUUUUAAUAUUCAUCCUUUGUCCUCAUAGUCUUACCUUCUUGUGUCUUGUAGAUUUCUUAGUCGAAGCCCCGUUUACUCUCUCUUUGAUUCCACCACACUAUGGUUUUUAGAAGUCAAUACAAAUACAAUUUUUCAUUCAACAAUUGAUGUAUUGUACAUAACAUUCUACAUUAAUUCAUCAAGACUAUGGACACAAUGUUGGUACCUCCAUGGCUCAAACCACUUCUUAACACACCCUUUUUCAAUGUGUGUCGGAUUCAUGGAGAUGCUGCAAGGAGUGAAUGUAACAUGUUUUGUCUAGAUUGCAAUGUUGAUGCCUUUUGCUUCUAUUGUCGUUCUUCAAGACACAAGGAUCACCAAGUCAUUCAGAUAAGGCGAUCUUCGUAUCACGAUGUAGUGAGGGUGGGAGAAAUUCAUAAAGUGUUGGACAUUAGUGGAGUGCAAACAUAUGUGAUCAAUAGUGCUAGAGUUUUAUUUCUGAAUGAGAGGCCUCAACCAAAAUCUGGAAAAUCAGUUGCUUACAUUUGUGAGAUUUGUGGAAGAAGCCUUUUAGACCCACUUCGUUUCUGUUCUUUGGGAUGUAAGCUUGUAGGAAUAAAGAGAAAUGGGAAUGCAAGCUUUGUUUUAGAUGCUAAUAACAAUGAGGUAUCAACAAUUGAGGAGGGAAUAUCAAGGAGAUUAAUCUCUUCAAGACAACAACAAGAAGAAGUAUUGCGUGAAGGCUCACAACAAGGCAUGUAUCCAGCCACGCCCCCAACACCUCCUUCAAAUGCAAGGAGAAGAAAAGGAAUUCCUCGUAGGGCUCCAUUUGGAUCCUAACUAUUAUACCUUUUUUUAUCCUCAAAAUUUGGAACGAAGAUUGGCGUCGAUUAUAGUACAAUCAGAUACAUUUAGACUCUUUAAUCAAAAUUAAAAAUUUUAUAUUGUAAAUCAAAAUCAAAAUUUAAAAUUUUAAUUGUUUGAUUUUGAUCGAACGAUACACAUGUACUGACUGCAUUAAAUUCAAAUUCCAAAGUUUGGUUUGAUACAUACUCAAAAUUCAAACCGGUUAGAUUUUUUUUUUUAAUUACCUUUUUGAAGCAAUUUAACCCACUUUGGGGAGUCUCUUUAGUAUAAUUUAUUUUAAUAUUUAAAGAGAAAAAAUGAUCGACUUUGGUGGAGAGGGUUGGGGUUGUCUAUUGUACAUGAAGUGGGAAAGCAAAAGAAAGAAAAUAGUAUAUAGGAAAGUUCCUUCUUUUGGAGUAUGGGUCCGAAAAACAACAAAUUCUGCCUUAUGAAAAACCAAUGUUGCAUAUUUGUUUAAUGUUUGAUAGUUGCAAGUGUACAUGUAUUUUAUUUUUAACGACCAAUGUUAAUAAUGUGA